GACGACCCCUCUGCAUGCUGUUUUUUCUUUCCCAGGCCGCUCACAAGUUAUGUGCACUAGGAGUGCUAACGAACCUUUAAAACCAACCUUCACUUCCUUGCCCAUCAGACUUUGAGAAUGACGUCUAGAAGAGAAGAUAGUUUCAAAGCGAGCGUCUUUGCUGUUUGUGUGGCUUUUGCAGCUGCAUCUGUCAUUAAUUUCCAAAUUGAUGACUUUGCAAAGCACAGCAACAUCGAUACCAAUCGAGUGUUCCCCCGUUCCAAAGCAAGUAACGAGCGGACCGUGUGGCUGUUCUCCGGGGAGUGUAUCUCCAUCGGGAUAUGUUUGCCAGAGGAGGACACGCUCACCGUCAGCAACGUCAAGUUCUCAAACGACGGCGAGUCGGACAUUGUCGCUGUAGACAUCGACGAGAACAUCAUUAGCAGCUUUAACUCGUCCUAUGAGACCUCCUUCGGGAGCUACUGGAAUAUAUUCGCCGAUACAGGCCCCAUCGGUCUUCCUGUGAGUCUGGCUGCAGGAAGCCACGUCCUAACAUUGACCGUUGUGGAGGCGGAUGAUUAUGGCGUCGAACUGGACGAGAUUUCGUUGGUCUUUGGUGGGAAAUACAGGCUGGCUGACAUAUUGUGCCCCGGAAACGGUGUGUCGAAAUGCUACACCAGAAGCUUACAAAGGUCAUCCAUUACAAACGGCUACUCCAACGGUGGACAGGGAGAGAGUGAGAAUGAAUAUACCACAACUUCAACGCACCAAGACUGCAAGAACAGCAGCUGUGACGCUAUUGACUCAACUACCAACACCAACAACGGGAACGACAAUAACAGUGGUAUCUGCACCGGCUUCGACUGUAAUGACAAGAACGGUGACGACAAUGGAAGCAACUGUGAGGAAAGUGGCUGCGAUAAGAAAGACGAGGACUAUCCCGAUACCAACGGAAGUGUAGGUAGCGACCGAGGAAGUACAGGCAGAAGUUACGACAACAGUCAACUCAGCGGCAGCAAUAACACUGAAAGUGGAAACGUGGACUCGACAAACAAUAACCGUGGCAAUGAAUGCAAAGGGUAUGACUGUAACAGCGGAUCAAAUACUAACGGAAACCCACACGGACAUACGAAACAUAACGAUGGUAAUGCAGAUGGUGGUAAUACAGACCAACAGCGAGGGGGCAACAGCAAAAGAAUCAAUGGCAGCAAUGAAGGUGAUAGCGGGAUGAGUGGGUCUGUCUGUGGUGGGUCUGUCUGUGGCGGAGGAAGCAAUGGUGACGGUGCUGGAAACUGCCACGGCAACGAAUGUAACAACAGUGACAUAAAAACUGAAAACUGUGACGGUUCCGAGUGUAAUGAUAAAAACGAUGACGGUGAUAGUGGCUCCGGAAACAGUACCAAUGGAAUUAUAAACAACCUUGUCAACACCAAGAAUAGUGGUAGCGACCAACGUACUGGAGACAGUGAAGGCAUUAGCAACAAUCGCAACAAGAAUAAUGGUUAUAUCAGGAACAGGGGUAGCAAUACAAAUAAUAUCAAUAAUAAUAGAAACAUAAGUAACAACACUGAUAAGGAUAUAGGCACAGGAAACAAUGGUAACGAUAGAAAUAUUGGAAACAAUGAAGAUGAAAACGAUGAUAACAGAGGUACUGGAAACAAUUAUAAAAACACAGAGACUGGAAAGAAUGGUAGAAAUAGAGGUACUGAAAACAAUAAUAAUGAAAGAGGCACUGGAAACAAUGGUAACAAUAGAAGAACUGAAAACAAUGAUAAAAAUAUAGGUGCUGGAAACAAUGACAACAAUGGAGGUACUGAAAACAAUGAUAACAAUAGGGCCACCGGAAACAAUGAUAACAAUAGAGGUACUGAAAACAAUGAUAACAAUAGGGCCACCGGAAACAAUGAUAACAAUAGAGGUACUGGAAACAAUGAUCAUAAAAGAGGCACUGGAAACAAUGAUAUUGAAAGAGGCACUGGAAACAAUGGUACCAACAGAAUAAUGGGAAACUAUGAAAACAAUGGAGAUACUGGAAACAAUAGUAAGGGUAAAGAUACUGGAAACAAUGGUUACGAUGCAUCAAGCUCUACUGAUGGUGGUGAUGGUACUGCACGGAAGGAUGGAAACACCAUUCACAACAUAGGCUCCCCCGACGCACCGACUUCUGGUACUGUAGGCAGCAGGAACACAAGUAACUAUGACGAAUCCUACCUGUUUGAGUGUCCCCGGAGAGAGAUCAUUACAAUGAUUCGCUACAACCAGGUACAGUGCUCAAAUGGCAUGGCACGCUUUGAUAUCUUUACCAGUGAGGUGACAGAAAUCAUCAUGUCUAUCUGGAAGUCGUCCAAAGACCAACAUACACACCGAUCGAGGCGGAGUGCCUCUGUGGGAGAUACGAAAGACCCAAGCAACCAGAUAGAAGUGUACCCAAUGUGGGAAUCUGGUGAGAGAGAAGGCAGCUGCGAAAAAAUUGACAAUGUACUGGAUGAGGAUGUCAUUGUCAUAAAUGGCACCGAAAAGAACAAAAUGUUCCCAGUGAUUGUGGACCCCGCUAACACCAAAUAUCUCACCCUUGCUUUUAACGUGAACUCCACCAUGCAGGAGACCAUCUUUGGCAGAAGUAUUAGCAGCAUCUUCACUGUAGGCAUCCGCUGCAUGGAUCAGCCCACCUACAUAUCUGCGCGGUUUACAGACCCUGAGAACAACAAAAGUGCUGUCCUUUAUCCAAAACGAUUCACCAGAUCUCUCAUCUGGCAGACCUGGACCUUCCCCUUUCUUACCGCAGGAAGUGGAAACUUUGAAAUGACAUUGAAUUUCACAAAUGCGUCUGAGCCAUUCGGCCUACAUUUCCUUAGAUUUGACCUUCAGAAAACAUUUGGACCUCUUCUGCCAUGGGCGUUUAUCAACCCGACAUUUGGAUUUGGUGUCAAAAUUGUAAACUUGGCUAAAUCUGACACUACAAGCUUAGACGGAGUUGAAGUGGGUAAAGGCCCGAAGAUGAGAGUCCGUAUGCGUGGAUCAGGCAGCGGAAGGCAGAUGACGUCUUUGAUCCUGUCUAGCACAGAGGAUGGAGAUACACAGAUGCUUCCUAAGUUCAUCUUCAACCAGAACGGAAGUGCCCUCUUCUAUCCUGAUCAGUCUCCUGACGCCCAGCCAGUGUUUGUGAUGGGCAAUGACGACUCGAACGGCUUAGCCCCAUCACCUGUCAUGGACAUUUCGAGGGUAGAUAUAACUUCUAACAACUCAGCAUAUGAGCUGAACAUUAUGACCAGGUCCUUCAGACGCGCAACUGUCCUGGUGUCUAUUGAAGGCAAUAAAACUACUGUCAACCUGAAGGCCUCGCCCUCCAUCGCCGACCAGCACUCCCCGCUCUGCUCCCUGAUUCUGCCGUGCUGGGGUGUAGGUUAUGGGAAGACUGCCAUCAUAUCGGCUGAUGGGACACAGACCAUAUCCAUGCUAUCUCCUUGGAGGUCUUUUAUGGGCCAUAGCAUUGAAAUGCAACGCUCGCCAAACGUCACUGAUGACCAGUCUUAGCCCUCCGAGAUGUUACGUAGAAAGUCAAGUUUCUUGUGCAGUUAUAACUACUACCUUUGAACAUUCUCUAACGGCAGCAAAACUGCACAUGAAUCUUUCUUUUCUGAUACUAUAAAAUUUGCAGCAUUAUAGCCAUGGAUAGCCACUCAAAGAGCAGCUAAUAUUUAUAUGGACACACAACAGUAAUAAAGUGCUAGUAAAAAUAAUUCCAACUUCA